AUGUCCAACAAAGGAAAAGACAUAGUAGAUGGAUCAUCAUCAAGAUCUUCUACUUCAACAAUAGGUGAUGGUAACAGCGCAGGCGAUAAUCAUCAUCAACAACAUCAGCAGCAACAACAGCCGCAGCAACCGAUUCCACUGAGUCGUUACGAGUCACAAAAACGAAGAGAUUGGAACACUUUCGGGCAAUAUUUAAGAAACCAAAGGCCUCCGGUAGCACUUUCUCAAUGUAAUUCAAAUCAUGUUCUUGAGUUUCUAAGAUAUUUGGAUCAAUUUGGGAAAACAAAGGUGCACUUACAAGGAUGUUUGUUUUUCGGACAAACCGAACCGCCGGGACCGUGUACUUGUCCUCUAAAACAAGCUUGGGGAAGCCUUGAUGCACUUAUUGGAAGAUUAAGAGCUGCUUAUGAAGAAAAUGGUGGAUUACCAGAGACUAAUCCAUUUGCUAGUGGUUCAAUAAGAAUCUAUCUUCGUGAAGUGAGAGAUUCUCAAGCUAAGGCAAGAGGAAUUCCUUACAAGAAGAAAAAGAAGAAGAGGAUUCCAAUCAAACAUAACGGUGAUACCUCAAAUUUGCCUAUGCAGUGA